UAAUUGAAAAAAAUAAUGAAGAAAGGCUGCAGAGAAGGAAAGAUAUAGAGCGAGAAACAAGGCGCGGAGUGGCCGUCCAAAAUCAGCCGAGAAGAGAGAGAAAGCAAGAGAGAGACAGAGAGAAAGUCCAUUUUUUGAGUGUUGUUGAUCUUCAUCAUCGUCUUUUUCAUUUUUCUUAACCGAAGUAGCGUUUUAUUAGCUCUCCCCUAUUUUAGGGUUCGAAAAAUAAAAUACACAUUUGUAUUUUCUUCUUCGAAAAAUCAAACGACUAGAAAUUUGAAAAAAUAGAAAAAUUAAGACGGCAAAACGGAAAAUAGAAGAAACAGGACAGAUUAAUCGCAGAUCCCCUUCUGCUUUGAAUCUUCACCCUAAUUCCGAUCGAUCCGUUAAUCACAUUUUCCAGCUGUAUUCACGCGGUUUCUUUGGAAAUUUAUAAUUUAUUUCAUAUUCCAUUUUUUGAUUUUAUUUUAAUUUUUUUGGUUUGGGAUUGUGCUGGUUGGGGGAUAAAUCGCAAGCUGAGUAGAUGAGAUCUUCUAGACGGGAUUUCUAGAAGGGUAAGGAUCUGGUGCUGCGGCGGCGUCGGAUGAGAGGAGGGAGGCGCAUGUAAAUGUUUCAAGGAUCGAAAGGGAAAACGAUGAAAUGGGUAUCAUUGCUUAAGGACAUCAAAGAGAAGGUCGUUGCUCAAUCUCCUACUGCCACCACUGUUUCUUCUUCUUCUCCUUCCUCUUCUUCCUCUUCCAAUCGCGAUGCCAAUGCUUCCUCAACUCGCCAUGACUUCGCUUCCUCUCCUUCAAGCAGAGACAAACAUGAACUGGAAUUGGACUUCAAGAGAUUCUGGGAAGAGUUCCGCUCAUCCAAUUCUGAAAAGGAGAAAGAAGCGGCCUUGAAUUUGACUGUAGAUGCCUUUUGUAGAUUAGUCAAGCAGCAUGCUAAUGCAGCUCAAUUAGUCACCCUGUUAGUAGAAACACAUAUAUUCUCUUUUGUUGUGGGAAGAGCGUUUGUAACAGAUAUUGAAAAGUUAAAAAUUAGCAGCAAAACAAGAUCUUUGGAUGUAUUGAAAGUUCUACAGUUUUUCUCUGAAGUCACCAAGGAUGGCUUCAGUCCUGGUUCAAAUUUGUUGACUGCUGUUGAAGUCCUGGUGUCUGGGCCUAUUGAUAAACAAUCUCUCCUUGAUUCUGGGAUAUUUUGCUGUCUCAUACAUAUUCUGAAUACUCUUUUGAGUCCUGAUGAGGCUAAUCAGGGGCCUAAAAUUACUGACUCUGAGGAAUCAAUGCUAGCUGAAAAGGAUUCAGUUGCUGAUGUUAGGCAAGCCCGCCAACUCGAGGUAGAAGGAAUCGUGGUGCAUAUUAUGAAAGCAUUGGCAAACCAUCCUUCAGCAGCACAGAGUUUGAUCGAGGAUGAUUCUCUGAUGUUGCUAUUUCAAAUGGUUGCCAAUGGAUCUUUAACUGUCUUCUCUAAAUAUAAGGAAGGUCUUGUUUCACUGCACAUCAUACAACUUCAUAGACAUGCUAUGCAGAUCCUUGGACUUCUUUUGGUCAAUGAUAAUGGAAGCACGGCCAAAUACAUACACAAACAUCAUCUGAUGAAAGUUCUUCUAAUGGCUGUUAAAGAUUUUAAUCCAGAUUGUGGGGACCCUGCUUAUACUGUUGGGAUUGUGGACCUGUUACUUGAAUGUGUGGAAUUGUCAUAUAGACCAGAGGCUGGUGGUGUCAGGCUUAGGGAAGAUAUACAUAAUGCCCAUGGUUAUCACUUCCUUGUUCAGUUUGCUCUAGUUCUGUCCUCCAUGCCACAGAAUCAAGGCAUUGAAUCUAUAUAUAUGAGGCCUCGGACUGACAAAGAUAGUGGUUUAGGUAGUGCUCAUACUCUUGACAAUGCAGGGGAAAAGGAUUUAGUUGGAAAAGAGGACCCUUCUUCUGAACAUCUCUCACCCACUUUGAGUAGGCUACUUGAUGUUCUUGUUAACCUAGCUCAAACUGGUCCUGCUGAAGGCAAAAAAUCCAAAUAUUCUCACACAAAGGCCAGUGGCCAUGGCAGAAGUCGAACAUCAUCUACUGACAGGCUUGGUGAUGAAAUCUGGGAACAGGGAAAUAAUAAAGUUAAAGACCUUGAAGCUGUCCAGAUGUUGCAGGACAUUUUUCUUAAGGCAGACAGCAGGGAUCUGCAGGCAGAAGUAUUAAACAGAAUGUUUAAAAUAUUUUCAAGUCAUCUUGAAAACUAUAAUUUGUGUCAGCAACUGAGGACUGUUCCUCUCUUGAUCUUAAACAUGGCUGGAUUUCCUUCAUCAUUGCAAGAGAUAAUCUUGAAAAUUCUUGAAUAUGCUGUGACUGUAGUGAAUUGCGUUCCUGAGCAAGAACUGCUGUCUCUAUGUUGCUUAUUGCAGCAACCAAUUACAUCAGAACUAAAGCUCACUAUCCUUUCUUUUUUUGUAAAGCUUCUAUCCUUUGAUCAACAAUACAAGAAAGUCCUACGAGAAGUAGGUGUGCUGGAAGUCCUGUUGGAUGAUUUGAAGCAACAUAAGUUUCUUUUGGGUCCAGACCCACAUGAUGGUAAUGGUAAUCAGUUGGAGAGAAAAUCCAACUCCAGCAGCUUCAAGAAACGCUUGGACAGUAAGGAUGUUAUUAUUACUUCACCCAAGCUUAUGGAAUCUGGUUCAGGGAAGUUUCCCAUUUUCGAAGUUGAGGGUACAGUUGCUGUUGCUUGGGAUUGUAUGGUUUCAUUAGUAAAAAAAGCUGAAGCCAAUCAAGCUUCAUUCCGAUCUGCCAAUGGUGUGACCACUGUUCUCCCCUUCCUGGUGUCCAAUAUUCAUCGUCCUGGGGUCCUCCGCAUAUUGUCAUGUUUGAUCACUGAAGACACUAUGCAGGGUCAUCCUGAAGAAUUAGGAGCACUUGUUGAAGUUUUAAAGAGUGGAAUGGUUACUAGUGUUUCAGGACAUCAAUACAAGCUUCAAAGUGAUGCAAAAUGCGAUACAAUGGGAGCUUUGUGGCGAAUUCUGGGAGUAAAUAAUGCAGCUCAGAGACUCUUUGGUGAAGCCACUGGAUUUUCUCUUCUGCUGACCACCCUCCAUAGCUUUCAGGGUGAUGAAGGACACUCAGAAGAAUCUUCUUUAUUAGUUUACAUCAAAGUCUUCACAUAUUUGUUGCGCCUUAUGACAGCUGGGGUGUGUGGUAAUGCCAUUAAUAGGACAAAAUUGCAUGCUAUCAUAUCAUCACAAACAUUUUAUGAUCUUCUGUCUGAGUCUGGCAUGCUGUGUGUGGAUUAUGAGAAGCAAGUUAUACAACUGCUGUUGGAACUUGCUCUUGAAAUUGUUCUUCCACCUUUCAUGACACCAGAGAGUGCCACAUCAGCAGAUCUGGCUGAAAAUGAGUCCACUAGUUUUCUUUUAACCACCCCAUCUGGUUUGGUUAAUCCUGAUAAGGAACGAAUAUACAAUGCUGGUGCUGUUAGAGUUCUGAUCCGUUCAUUGUUGCUUUUUACUCCUAAGGUGCAGUUAGAAGUGCUGAACCUUAUUGGGAAGCUUGCUCGUUCUGGUCCCUUCAAUCAGGAAAAUCUCAGCUCUGUAGGUUGUGUGGAACUUUUACUGGAGACAAUUCACCCCUUCCUUUCUGGCUCAUCACCAUUACUCUCUUAUACUUUGAAGAUUGUAGAGGUUGUAGGGGCAUAUAGGUUGUCCGCAUCUGAACUCCGGGCACUUGUAAGAUAUAUUCUGCCAAUGAGGCUGAUGAAAUCAGGUCAUACAAUUGUUGAUAUGAUGGAAAGGUUAAUCCUUAUGGAAGAUAUGGCCUUGGAAAAUGUUUCUUUGGCUCCAUUUGUUGAGAUGGACAUGAGCAAGGUUGGGCAUGCUUCUGUUCAGGUGUCUCUGGGAGAAAGAUCUUGGCCUCCUGCUGCUGGUUAUUCAUUUGUUUGUUGGUUUCAGUUUCAUAACUUUUUGAGAACACAAGCAAAAGAAAUUGAGCCUGUCAAAGCUGGUCAUUCCAAGAGGAAAAGUGGCUCUAAUGGUCAUCAUGACCGGCAUAUUCUCCGGAUAUUUUCUGUUGGUGCAGUAAGUAACGAGAAUACUUUCUAUGCGGAACUUUUUCUUCAAGAGGAUGGUGUUCUUACCCUUGCAACCAGCAACUCUUGCUCCUUAUCAUUUUCUGGAUUGGAACUGGAGGAAGGCCGGUGGCAUCACCUUGCUGUUGUUCAUAGCAAACCUAAUGCCCUUGCUGGAUUAUUCCAAGCUAGUGUUGCUUAUGUUUAUCUUGAUGGGAAGCUAAGGCACACAGGAAAAUUAGGAUAUUCCCCCUCUCCCAUUGGAAAACCUUUGCAGGUAACCAUUGGGACUCCUGUUACUUGUGCAAGGGUUUGUGACUUGACUUGGAGACUUCGCUGUUGCUAUCUUUUUGAGGAAGUGCUCACGCCAGGUUGUAUAUGUUUCAUGUACAUUGUUGGUAGAGGAUAUAGAGGGCUUUUCCAAGACACAGAUCUUCUCCGUUUUGUCCCCAACCAGGCUUGUGGUGGUGGUAGCAUGGCUAUCUUAGAUUCAUUAGAGGCUGACUUGUCUGUACCUCCUGGAACACAGAAACUUGACAGUGCAAUCAAGCUGGGAGACUCCAAGGCAGAUGGAAGUGGAAUUGUUUGGGAUUUGGAUAGAUUAGGAAACCUUUCAUUUCAGCUCUCUGGUAAAAAACUCAUAUUUGCUUUUGAUGGAACAUGUGUGGAGGCUGUUCGAGCAUCUGGGACAUCAUUCAUGCUCAAUUUGGUUGAUCCACUGUCAGCUGCUGCGUCUCCGAUUGGAGGUAUACCACGGUUUGGGCGUCUUCAUGGGGAUAUCUAUAUCUGUAGGCAAUGUGUGAUUGGUGAUACCAUCCGCCCUGUUGGUGGGAUGUCUGUUAUUUUGGCCCUUGUUGAGGCUGCUGAGACUAGGGAUAUGCUCCAUAUGGCCCUUUCAUUUCUCGCCUGUGCACUUCAUCACAAUCCUCAAAAUGUAAGAGACAUGCAAACAUACAGGGGAUACCAUUUGCUAGCUCUAUUCCUGCGCCAAAGGAUGUCAUUAUUUGAUAUGCAGUGCCUUGAGAUAUUUUUCCAGAUCGCUGCAUGUGAAGCUUCAUUUUCAGAACCAAAUAAAUUGGAACAUAUUCAAACUCUUAUAUCACCUACUACAACUAUUCAUGAAACUAGCUUUGAUGUUCUUAGUUUGUCAAAGUUCCGUGAUGAAACAUCUUCAGUUGGAUCUCAUGUUGACAUGGAUGAUUUUUCUGCCCCAAAGGAUUCAUUCAGUCAUAUUUCAGAGCUAGAAAAUGCUGAUAUGCCAGUUGAAACUUCUAACUGCAUUGUCUUGUCAAAUGCGGAUAUGGUAGAACAUGUUUUGCUGGACUGGACAUUGUGGGUGACUGCCCCAGUUUCCAUUCAAAUUGCACUUUUAAAUUUCCUAGAGCAUCUUGUGUCCAUGCAUUGGUACAGGAAUCACAACCUUACAGUUCUUCGUCGAAUCAACCUUGUUCAACAUUUACUGGUGACUUUGCAGCGUGGUGAUGUUGAAGUUCCUGUUUUGGAAAAAUUAGUUGUACUCCUUGGGGUCAUAUUGGAAGAUGGUUUCCUGGCAUCUGAACUUGAAAAUGUGGUUAGGUUUGUUAUUAUGACAUUUGAUCCACCUGAGCUGAAACCACAGCAUCGAAUAAUGCGUGAGUCCAUGGGAAAGCAUGUGAUAGUGAGGAAUAUGCUUUUGGAGAUGCUUAUCGAUCUUCAAGUGACCAUCAAAUCAGAAGAGAUGCUUGAACAGUGGCAUAAAAUUGUCUCUUCUAAAUUAAUAACAUAUUUUCUUGAUGAAGCUGUUCAUCCUACAAGUAUGAGAUGGAUCAUGACUCUUCUUGGUGUGUGUUUGGCUUCUUCUCCCACUUUUGCUCUUAAAUUUCGUACAAGUGGAGGUUAUCAAGGUCUGAUGCGUGUGCUUCCUAGUUUCUAUGAUUCUCCUGAUAUAUAUUAUAUCUUGUUCUGCCUCAUAUUCGGGAAGCCUGUUUAUCCGAGAUUGCCAGAAGUCCGUAUGCUGGACUUUCAUGCACUAAUGCCAAGUGAUGGAGGCCAUGUGGAGUUGAAAUUUGUAGAACUAUUGGAAUCUAUAAUUGCUAUGGCGAAAUCCACCUUUGAUAGGCUGAGCAUGCAGUCAAUUCUUGCUCGCCAAACUGGAAAUCUUUCCCAACUAGUGGCAGAACUUGUGGAAGAAAAUGCAGAUAUGGCUGGGGAGCUUCAGGGUGAAGCUCUCAUGCACAAGACGUAUGCUGCACGCUUAAUGGGUGGGGAGGCAUCUGCUCCUUCGGCUGCAACCUCAGUUCUGAGAUUUAUGGUUGAUUUGGCGAAGAUGUGCCCUCCUUUCUCUGCCGUUUGCAGACGAGCAGAGUUUUUAGAAAGCUGUGUUGACCUUUAUUUUUCUUGUGUUAGGGCUGCUCACUCGGUGAAGAUGGCAAGAGAGCUCUCUGCAAAGACAGAAGAGAAGAAUUUAAAUGACCACGAUGAUGCUAGUUCGCAAAAUACAUUCUCUAGCUUGCCUGUGGAGCAUGAACAGUCUGCCAGGACUUCUAUUAGUGCUGGAAGCUUCCCUCAAGCACAGGAACUGAACAAAUCAUUGCAGGAAGAUGUCCAAGGUAUUCAGAGCAUAGAUGGUGAUAGUGUCGAUCAGGUUUCUGCCACCUCAAGCUCAAAUGAGUUCAGCUUCCAAAGUAUCAAAGACAAUUUGACAAUUCAACCACCAGAUUCCCAGAGUUCUGCAUCUCUUGCUAUUCCAGAUUCUCCUAUUUUAUCUGAGAAAUCCAAUUCCAAAAUCCCCCUUACACCUUCAUCUCCAGUUAUUGCUUUGACUUCGUGGUUAAGUGCAAACCAUAGUGAAUCCAGAAAUCCCAUAAUUGCCACUCCUUCGAUGGAGUCUUCUAUGUCUGCUAGCGAUUUUGAUCAAACCUCAGACUUGAAGUCUGGUUCUCAAGGUCCAACGGCUGCAAAUAUGACCUUUUCUGUUACCCCAAAGCUUCUUCUGGAAAUGGAUGAUUCUGGCUAUGGUGGUGGCCCUUGUUCUGCUGGGGCAACUGCUAUGUUGGAUUUUAUAGCAGAAGUACUGGCUGACUUUUUGACAGAGCAAAUAAAAGCAGCACAAGUUGUGGAGAGCAUCUUGGAAAUGGUUCCACUAUAUGUUGAAUCUGAAUCUGUGUUGGUUUUCCAAGGUUUAUUUCUUAGCAGACUAAUGAAUUUUGUUGAAAGGCGUCUCUUGCGUGAUGAUGAAGAAGAUGAGAAAAAGCUAGACAAGACUAAAUGGUCCUCAAACUUAGAUGCUUUAUGCUGGAUGAUUGUUGAUCGUGUUUACAUGGGUGCUUUUCCCCAAGCUGCUGGUGUACUGAAAACUCUAGAGUUCUUGUUAUCAAUGUUGCAAUUAGCAAACAAAGAUGGUCGAAUUGAAGAAGCAGCUCCUACUGGCAAAGGUCUUUUGUCUAUUACAAGAGGAAGCAGGCAACUUGAUGCUUAUGUACAUUCAAUUCUUAAGAAUACAAAUAGGAUGAUACUGUACUGCUUCCUACCAUCAUUCCUGAUCACCAUAGGAGAAGAUGAUCUCCUUUCCUCCUUGGGUUUGCUUAUGGAAUCUAAGAAAAGAUCACCCACAAAUUCACAUGAAGAUCCAGGAAUUGAUAUCUGCACAGUUUUGCAGUUAUUAGUUGCUCACCGACGAAUCAUAUUUUGUCCUAGCAAUCUUGAUACCGAUCUAAAUUGCUGUCUUUGUGUGAAUUUAAUUUCUCUUCUUUGUGACCAAAGGCGAAAUGUUCAGAACAUGGCAAUUGAUGUUGUCAAGUAUUUACUGGUUCAUCGAAGAGCUUCACUGGAAGACUUGCUUGUCUCUAAACCUAACCAAGGACAGCACUUAGAUGUACUGCAUGGUGGUUUUGACAAAUUGUUGACUGGAAGUUUAUCUGCUUUCUUUGACUGGCUUCAGAGCUCUGACCAGAUGGUAAAUAAAGUACUGGAGCAAUGUGCAGCAAUAAUGUGGGUGCAGUAUAUUGCUGGCUCAGCAAAAUUUCCUGGAGUAAGGAUUAAAGGCAUGGAGGGUCGUCGUAAGAGGGAAAUGGGAAGAAGAUUACGAGAUACUUCAAAGUUAGACCUAAAACACUGGGAGCAAGUGAAUGAAAGGAGAUAUGCAUUGGAGAUGGUUCGCGAUACAAUGUCUACUGAGUUGAGAGUUGUCCGUCAGGAUAAGUAUGGAUGGGUGCUCCAUGCCGAGAGUGAAUGGCAAACCCAUCUCCAACAACUUGUGCAUGAGCGGGGAAUAUUCCCAAUUCGUAAAUCCUCUGUGCCUGAAGAUCCUGAAUGGCAACUUUGCCCGAUUGAGGGUCCAUACAGGAUGCGCAAAAAGCUGGAGCGCUGUAAAUUAAGAAUUUAUAGUAUCCAAAAUGUGCUUGAUGGGCAGUUGGAAUUAGGUGAGACAGAGCUCUCCAAAGUCAAACAUGAGGAUGGCCCAGAUGUUUCUGAUUCUGAUUCUGAAGCAAUUUUCAAUCUUUUGAGUGAUAGUGUUAAACAGAAUGGUGUUGACAGUGAGCUUUAUGAUGAAUCAUUGUAUAAAGAGUUGGGUGAUGUGAAAGAUGUAACAUCUGUUAAAAAUGGCUGGAAUGAUGACAGAGCUAGCAGUGUAAAUGAAGCUAGUCUUCACUCAGCCCUUGAGUUUGGUGGGAAAUCUAGUGCAGUCUCUGUCCCUAUAUCAGAAAGCAUACCAGGAAAAUCUGAACCUGGAUCUCCUAAGCAGUCGUCUUCUAUUAAAAUUGAUGAAGUCAAAGCUACAGAGGAUAAGUUAGAUAAGGAACUUCCUGAUAAUGGUGAAUAUUUAAUCAGACCUUAUCUGGAACCCCUUGAAAAGAUACGAUUCAGAUAUAACUGUGAGCGAGUAGUAGGUCUUGACAAACAGGAUGGUAUAUUUCUGAUAGGGGAACUAUGUUUGUAUGUAAUAGAGAACUUUUACAUUGAUGAUUCUGGGCGCAUAUGUGAGAAGGAAUGUGAAGAUGAACUCUCUGUUAUAGAUCAGGCAUUGGGUGUAAAGAAGGAUGUUACCGGCAGUCUGGAUUUCCAGUCAAAAUCAACUUCAUCCUGGACCACAACACCAAAGACAUUGGUAGGGGGAAGGGCUUGGGCCUACAACGGUGGUGCAUGGGGAAAGGAGAGAGUGGUCAGCAGUGGUAAUUUACCUCACCCUUGGCGUAUGUGGAAGCUUGAUAGUGUUCAUGAGAUUUUAAAGCGUGAUUAUCAGCUCCGUCCUGUUGCUGUUGAGUUAUUCAGCAUGGAUGGAUGUAAUGAUCUACUGGUAUUUCACAAAAGAGAGAGAGAUGAAGUUUUCAAAAAUCUGGUUGCAAUGAAUCUACCACGGAACAGCAUGUUGGACACAACCAUUUCAGGAUCGACAAAACAGGAAAGCAAUGAGGGUGGUCGUCUUUUCAAAAUAAUGGCUAAAUCUUUCUCGAAGAGGUGGCAAAAUGGAGAAAUCAGCAAUUUCCAGUACCUCAUGCAUCUCAAUACCUUGGCUGGACGUGGAUACAGUGAUCUUACCCAAUACCCUGUCUUUCCAUGGGUUCUUGCUGAUUAUGAGAGCGAAAAUCUGGACUUGUCGGAUCCCAAUACCUUUCGCAAACUUGACAAACCAAUGGGCUGUCAGACACCAGAAGGGGAAGAGGAAUUUAAGAAAAGAUAUGAGAGCUGGGAUGACCCAGAGGUCCCAAAAUUCCAUUAUGGUUCUCAUUAUUCUAGUGCUGGUAUUGUUCUCUUUUAUCUUCUUCGCUUGCCACCGUUUAGUGCGGAGAAUCAGAAGCUACAGGGUGGCCAGUUUGAUCAUGCUGAUCGUCUUUUCAAUAGCAUAAGAGACACUUGGUUGAGUGCUGCUGGGAAGGGUAACACGUCAGAUGUGAAAGAACUGAUUCCAGAGUUCUUCUACAUGCCUGAGUUUUUGGAAAACCGCUUCAAUCUUGACUUGGGAGAGAAACAGUCGGGGGAUAAGGUUGGUGAUGUUGUCCUACCUCCUUGGGCUAAAGGCAGUGCUAGGAAAUUCAUUCAGAAGCAUAGAGAAGCCCUAGAAUCUGAUUUUGUUUCAGAAAAUCUGCACCAUUGGAUAGACCUCAUUUUUGGCUAUAAACAAAGGGGAAAGGCGGCUGAAGAAGCUGUUAAUGUUUUCUACCACUACACAUAUGAGGGGAGUGUGGACAUAGACUCAGUCACAGAUCCUUCAAUGAAAGCCUCUAUUCUUGCUCAGAUCAAUCAUUUUGGACAGACACCUAAGCAACUAUUCCUCAAACCCCAUGUGAAAAGGCGGUCUGACAGAAAACUUCCUCCUCAUCCACUGAAGCAUUCAGCCCUUCUUGUUCCGCAUGAAAUACGGAAAAGCUCUUCUUCCAUAACCCAGAUUGUCACUUUCCAUGAGAAAAUUCUUGUUGCUGGGGCAAACACUUUGCUCAAACCUAGAACGUAUGCCAAAUAUGUAGCAUGGGGUUUUCCUGAUCGCAGCUUGAGAUUUAUGAGCUAUGACCAAGAUAGACUCCUUUCAACACAUGAAAAUCUUCAUGGGGGAAACCAGAUUCAAUGUGCUGGUGUUAGUCAUGAUGGUCACAUUUUGGUUACUGGCGCUGAUGAUGGUUUAGUUUCUGUUUGGAGAAUCAGCAUGGAUGGGCCUCGUGCCUCAAGACGGUUGCUGUUGGAGAAAGUGCUUUGUGCUCACACAGCCAAAAUCACAUGUCUUCAUGUCAGUCAGCCUUAUAUGCUGAUUGUGAGUGGAUCAGAUGACUGCACUGUUAUCAUAUGGGACCUCAGCUCCUUAGGUUUUGUUAGGCAUCUUCCGGAGUUUCCAGCACCAGUUUCUGCAGUUUAUGUGAAUGACUUAACUGGGGAAAUUGUGACAGCUGCUGGAAUUCUGCUUGCUGUCUGGAGCAUCAAUGGGGACUGUCUAGCAGUAAUUAACACAUCCCAGCUGCCAUCUGAUUCUAUACUCUCUGUGACGAGUUGCACAUUUUCUGAUUGGCUGGACACAAACUGGUAUGUAACCGGUCACCAGAGUGGGGCUGUUAAGGUCUGGCACAUGGUUCACUGCACUGACGAAGAGAGCACCAUUAGCAAGUCAACUAGCAGUGGAACAGGAGGGUUGGAUUUGAGUAAGUCACCAGAAUACAGAUUGGUCCUCCACAAGGUACUAAAGUUUCAUAAGUACCCAGUUACUGCCCUUCACUUAACCAGUGACUUGAAGCAGUUGCUGAGUGGUGAUUCUGGUGGGCAUUUGAUGUCUUGGACACUACCAGAUGAGAGCUUGAGAGCUUCUUUCAAUCAGGGGUGAUAAUGUUAAAAAGUAAUUAUUGCGUGAUUCUCAGCUAUAGGAUCUGCUCCUGGUUCUGUGUAAUGAGUUCUGUGCAAGCAUUUGUUGUGAGAGAGACAAUGAUUCAUUGUUGGUGAUAACAUGGAAAGGGAAAACAAGACAAGAGGGCGGGGCUGGCCAGGUAUUGUAGCAGGACAUGCUGGGAUAAUUUAUGGGGAUGAGGAAGGGAAAUCUUUUCCAAACUUCCAUUCCACACAUACAUGUUGAAAAUUGCAAGCAUUAAGGCUAGUACAAAGCAUUUGCCUAGUGGCUUGAGCUCCCUAUUUUGAAGGUGGAAUGACAGGCAACGCGUUUGUUGUAUUUUUGACAAGUGGAGGAUAUUACUUUUGAAAAUAUCACUCUACUGGUUUCUGUAUGUAAAUAGAUGGAAUUGCUAACAGUGUGAAAUCAAGUUGUAUAGCAGAAAAAAAGUGCAUGGCGAUUGGAUUUUUGGGUGGAAUUGGUCUGGUUACCAAGGGACGGUUUAUAGGAUUUGAGUGUAUUACUUUCGGCUUAAAUUCUUUUCGCAUAGUGCAAGUGGCCGCAUUUUUACUGUGAA